CCAACACGGCGCAUGACGCAGGGCGCAUGACGCAGCGCGCAGCGGCGACCGACUAACGGAUUUACUGAUCGAUUACCGAUCUGACAAGACAAAGUAGAUUUCUAUUCACUGUAAUUUCUUCAUAUUGGAUAGUCCUUUUUGUCGUCCUGAUUUUAAUCUCUUGAGGAAACAAGACUACAGGAGCAGCUUUCCUUUUCCGCCUGUUGAAGCACAACUGAACCUACUUGUUUGGUUUUCACAGAGGAGAAAAAAAAGUAAGAAUCUGAUCUGAUCAGCUGUUAAUACUUGAAUUUUAAAAAAAGCAUUUUGAAAUGGAAGAAGAAUCCCACUUUUACACGACAAUUAGAAGAGGAAUUCAUUUUAAAAAAGCAGCCCGUGCUUAGUUUCCACAGCGGAAAUGAGAUCAGUCCGUUCGCCUGGCUCCACUUUUUCUAAAACAUGGUGGAUGUAACUCUGUUGCUGCAGGAUCUGUCAUUAUCGGACUUCUGAAAACCUUUACUUUUAUAGUUAUUGAUAUAAUUCAAGGAAAGAUGUUUGCUGGGCUGAUGGGACUUGACUGUCACCUGAACUCUCUGCAUCACCGCUGCGAAAGCACAGAAGGUGGCAAAGUAUCUGGGACAGCUGGCAAAGUAUCUGGGACAGCUGGCAGCUCUGGCCGUAAGAGGCUGCACAGGAGACCAGGGUACAUGAGAGGAGAGCAGGCCAGGCUGCAGUGCACUGCUCAUGCUCAGGAUGAAGAGGAAGACGAAGAAGAGGAGGAGGAGGAGAGCAUUGCCUGCAUCAGGAAUGGAAAAUCUGGACGCCACGCUGACAUCACCAAGGCAACCAGAGUUCAACAGUUGAGUCAAGCUCCUACCGUCAAAGUGUCUUCAAUGAAUGAUCUACAUCACAAGCGAUCCACGUGUAGUUCUUCAGAGAGUAAGAAUUUGGCCGACCCUUUAAAUGGAGUUCAAACCACAUCGAAUGAACUUAGUCCAAGCCUCCAGUCUUCAUCUGCGGUAGUCUUUAACUCAAGUUUUAGUUUCAUCCAGCAGUCUCUAAACAGCAACCAGAGGACAGACCCUGCUAGACCGCCGCAGGAACCAGAACCAACAAAUCAACAAGCUAAUCUAGAGAAAAAAAGAGAGGAAAUCGCCACCAAAUCCAGUCAGGUCCAUAAGGAGGAGCGUUCAUAUGGUGGGAGAUGUUGGGGGGACUGUCUGUGGACUGGCAAGGAGGAAAUGUCCCACCUUCCGAACUCUGAGUCCCAGUCUCUUGACAUAGAGGUCACUUCCUCCCUGUCGGUGGACUCGGACACGGCCUCAGCCUCUUCUGUCACCUCCGGCUAUGAGAGCGCGACGCCUGCCUCCGAGCAAGGCUGGGACAGCCUAGUGAAGACGUACGACAGCGCCCUGCAGGACUGCCUCCAGAACAACCGCACUUACACCAAGAUCGAGUCCAUGAUGUUGAAGCUGCAGAGGCUCCAGCAGAAAGCCAUUCUGGAUGACGACUACGACGCAGCUGAGCGCUUUGGGAAGAAGCUGGAGGAGCUCUGCAGAGAGCGCGGCGCUCUCAAACUGGGUUUACCCUCCAUGCAGCCCAGCAUUGCCCACUUCCUGGAGAGACUCUCAAAGGUGGUGCACAGUGCCCUCCAGAGGGAAGACUGCAGUCAUCGCAGAGAGGGAUCAGAACCGGACUCAGUGGAGCAGUCUGACCCAGCGCAGCGGAGGGAUCGCUUGAUUCAAGAAAAACAUCAAGUUGAGGAGGAAAUUGAGAAGCUGCAGACGAAGCUGGCGCAGCUGAAGGAUCGCAAUCUAAAUCUGGAGCAUCUGAUCCAGCAGGAGGAGCAGCGGGCUGAGGCUGUGGACCUGGAGGGGUCAGUGCUGCGGAGCUGCACCGUGGCCCAGCUCCGGGACAUCAGCCGCACCCUGCAGGACCUCAUCUCGUCUGAAAACCGCACACAGAUUUCCGUCUCUCAUCCUCCUUCAACGCUCAGACUCCAGUUACAGGAACAGGCGCUGAACCUUUCCAUGAAGGAAGCUACAGCCAAGGUGGUCAUGAGUCAGAGGCUGGGCAGCAGCCUAAGGAGGAAAGUCAGCGAGACUGAAACGCAGCUCUUGGCUCUGCAUGAAGCCAAACUGGCGGCCAUAUCUGGUAAUGACUUCGGCUGUGCCAAGGAGCUGAAGGCGGAGAUGAAGGCGGUGUACCUGGAGCGGGACCGCCUGGAGGUGCUGGCCAGGCGGCUGCACAGCCUCAGCUCGGGCAGCAGCCAGGAGCUGGCCAGGAUGAAGGAGCAGCGGCAGCAGCUCAGGCUGGAGCUGGAGCACAGGGAGGCCUUGCAUGAAAGCCGGCUGAAAGAGAACGCCGCCAAGUAUGUGGAGCUGCUGGAGGACAGGCUGCAGAGCUGUGGCUGUCCCGGUUUGGAGCAGAUCUGGGAAGCCGACCUGGAAGCGUGUCACCUGUUCCUUCGAGGCCUGCAGCUGCGAACCUCCAGCUGCGGCGGCCCAGACGUGGACGACGCCCCCGAUCCAGCGGUUUAUACCUCCAACCAGCCCUGCACCAAAGAAGAAGAAGACUGCGCCAUGCUGACUGCGUUAGGAGGCCGCUGGUGUCCUGAGGCCAACUUGCAGAACUCAGAGUUCACAAAGAAGCUGGAGGAGUUUUUGUUCUGCAUGGAGGAAAACCACCCAGAGGAUGUGUGCAGCGAGGCCGACGCUACAGACCUGACGGAGCGCUGCGAGCUCAUCGGUGACAGACUGAUCGCCUUGGAGGACAAACUGCAGACAGCUUUACUGAAUCGGGAUCAAGCCCUCACCCAGUGUUUGGAAAAAGAAGUUCAGGAGGUGAAAUCCACCUUACAGCGCAUGCUAACGCAGCUCCAGGUAGAAGAACAGCAGGAGGACGACACAGAUGUGUCGGAUGAGCUGGUGAAAGGCGAAACUCGGGUGAAAGUAAAGGCAGAAGAAGAAGAAGAUGAGGAAGAAGACGAGGAAGAAGAAGAGGACCAGUACUUCAGUGACAGCUGGGAUAUUUGAGAUAGACGCCUGUAGAGUUUUGGGAGCGCGUACACUAGCAGUUUGAUGAGAGCGUAGCCUCAGCGCAGCAGCAGAUGUGACCUCAAAUCAGUUUACUGUACAGCUUCACAACCAGCUUAUGUGCCGUUAUACACAUCUAAAAGUAUAAACUUUAUACUGGCUUUCUAAAGGUUAAAAUUCAGUGAACCUCGCUGCAGAAUUUAAAAUCUUACCAAGUAUUUUUCCUUAGUUUGUAGUGCUAAUAACUAAAACUCCACUGGCAGAUUAUUUAAUAAUCUAGCACUUUUUUCAUCCAUAUUAAGGAAUUAUUGACUUAAUACAGGCUUCUGAAAUGUUGCUUAUUAUUUAGUUUUGUUCUAUUUUAACUUUAAUAAGAUAUAUGCACUAGAACCUAAAAAAUACUUGAUAAGAUUUUAUGUUUUUUCAGUGCCUUUUCCACAUUUUUUCAUGUUACAACCACAAACCUGUAAGUAUUUUAAACUGGGGUUUUAUUUGUUAAACCACCACACACUAUUUAUUAUAAAAGUGAUACCUGCUUUAAAUCUAUACUGCAGCCCCUGGAAUUCACAGCUUUUGCUAUUUGUGUUUUGUCUCUGCCAGCUCUGCACAUCUGGAGGCUGACUUUUAAAAAAAAUUAAAUUCUCAUGUUUUCUUUCAACAAUGUUUUUAUAUGCCAUAAAAGUUGUUUUACGUUUUAAAGUACAUGAAUCAACAGAUUUUUCUUCCUAAUUUCCUCCAGAAUGACUAUUUCCCAUUUGGGAUGGGCUAAUACUGUACGUAUCAAGUUGUCCUGCAAUUUUUCCAAUUAUUUGAUGAUACAGUAAACUAAAUUAGACUUUUGUUGAUUUUUAUAACUUGGCACUGCUUUAGGAAUUGGGUUUAGGGAUAAAUCUCAACUUUAAACCUCUCUAGAUCUUCAUCACUGAAAUAAUUAAACAAUUUGUGGUUCUAAUGUGAAAUUGUGUAAAAAUGUCAAUGCUUUUACCAAUGUAAACUGAAAAAUAUUAAGGAUUUGAAGGAUAAAAUAUGUUUGUAAGACGCUUUCAAGUUUUUUAAACCACUUGGGAUCUUUUUGCAGGACCAAUUUGUGACAAAUUGUUUUUAUAUGAAGUUUUAGUGUUAGUCUUAAUCUGCAGUCGGAGCAGUUUGAAGAGUAUUUAACCGCUGGACUCAAAGCUGCCAUGGACAAUAUGAACACUUUUAACUGUUAACUUGUUUGUUUUUUUGCACACAAACUAAAAGUUAUCUUAUUUUAACAUCAGAAAACUACUUUUUCCUGUGUUUUCCCUGUAUUUGCACAUAAUGGUGUUCAUUGAGGAACUAAUUUUUGUGGUGCUACAAAAUGUGAGUUAACUUAAAACACUUUAUUUUACACUUUGUGCGGAAAAAUGCAAUAUUUAGGUUGUUUUUAUAAUGCAAGAAAUGUUCUGAAAAAUAAAAGUGUAAAAAUUGUCUUACAGAUUUUGAAGUUUCCUUUUCAUUGCCACCCUUUUGAUUUAUUGGUGUAAUUUUACUUCAAAAUGCACUUAGAGACACGACUUCUUCAUCUACAGAGCGGUUUGAAGUCACUGUACGAGACUUCAUAUUUAUUCCUAACAGCGUCUCACUAAUUACAUCACGUUGCGUUCAGCCUAAUGUUGCGUCCUGCUGUUUUCUUCUUGGAUUAAAUCACGGCCCCCCUCCGGUGAGUCAGGCGCGCUGCCAGGCGAGUGAGGGCAGCGGUGACAUGUAGGAGACAUCACUACGUUAAUAUGUGAGGUCUUUAGGGGAUACAUGGCUUUCUAUUGUUAUCUCACCUCAGCAGCAGCUCUGUGGCUAAUUGGUAGGCAGACGCACAGAGGAAGUGGUUCUGUUUGGACUCCAUCUCAUUCUGGGUUGGUUGUUCUACCAUCCAGCACCCUGGGCUCCAAACACAGCUGAGUGCUCAGGGCUUUUUGUUUUUUUCUUCUUCUGCAACAGCAGAACACAACGUGCCGUUCUCACGUCUCUGCCAGGUUGCAGAGCUCAUGCCUGGCCAGAAGUCUCUACAUCUAUCCGCUUCAGGCAGCGUGUUAAGAUCUGGAGCCCUGGCACAGCGCGCCUUCGUGCCAGACACCCCCACCUCAUAACAAAACCUGAGGCUGUGCCACACUGUGCUCCACGUGGCAACUCGGCUCAUAAAAUGACCACCAAGAAACACGCAGAUGGGUUUCAGCAGGCGGAAAUGGCUGGGUUAGGUGUUUCUUAAUGUAAAACGAAGCGCCACGCAGCGUCAGGCCCUUUAUUGCUGCAGUUUGGUUGCCAGGAUGUUGGGCAGCGUUUUGUGAAAUGGAUCACUUUUCUAGUCUUUGUUCCAUCUGGUUUGGCCUUUUCUGUUCAUAAUUGUGUCAUAUAUUAAACGUUUAAAUGUCACCAAAUUAAAAAACGCAGCUCAUUGUUUACCGA